AUGGCAGCGUAUGAUACUUUGACCAUUUCAUCGUCAACCUCUCCUCACAACAUUCUACGAUUAACAGCUCCGGGCUCAAGGAGUAAUCAAUUCAACAUGGAUACUUUCGAACACGAUCUAAAUUUCGAGGCGGACGGGUUGUUAAGGGACGAUGUCCAUAUAGGAAUGCCCUCAUUACCAUUCACACCCUCGUACGAAAUAUCUGACGCAUUUUCUACUACUUUUGAAGACCCUUUUUCCUACAACUCUGGGCCUUUCGAGUCACUGCUCGAUGACCCAAAUCCAGAAAAUAAUGGCGAUACCAAUUCUAGCGACCCGGAUAACAAAUUACUCGGAUUUGGCGCACCGAUAAUGAAAGUGCCAACUUUGGAUGAUAAUGGACAAACUUGGCCAGCAAUGAAUGCAGAACUAUAUGGGAUGUUCUUUGUGGCCGAAGAUGUAUUUGGUAGUGAGACUGUGGGGAGACCAAUGGAAUUGACUUGCUAUCGACGGAAUCUAUUUCAAAUUUCUGGGACCAUUAUCUUAUCAAGAUCCAUCACGAGAAUAAUAAAUGAACAAGGCCAACAUGUUCCAAUAUAUAAUCUGACUGCGACGAUAUCUGCUCUAGAAAGCAUUGAGGGGAAGAGUACCGAAAUUAUUAGUGUGCCAUGGAAGACAGCGAAUGUGACGACUUCUGAAGAUAAAGCUGGCGCAGCCCCACCACAAUGGCCCUUGGACUUGAGCAUCAAUCCGGAGCUGGAUCCUACGUGUGUCUCCAUUCCUAUAGCGUGGAAGCGAUUGCAAUUCAAACAUGCGACGGCAAAUAAUGGAAGGAGGAAAGGACUGCAGCAACAUUAUGUCAUACAAAUUAAUUUGAUGGCUACGUUAGCCACCGGGGAACAGGUCAAGUUGACAGAGAUUCAAUCCGGAGCAAUCAUCGUGAGAGGAAGAAGUCCGAGAAACUUUGACAGCAGGAAAGAUGUGCCUGUUAGUGAGAAGAAGGGGGAGCCAAAAUCUAGGACUAUGAGCAAUGAAGCCGGACCGACGGUAAAAGUUGAUCCGGCAACCUCUCAAUCUUCCUAUCGCUUCUACGCGCCGAAUCCUGUUCAGCAACCGCUAGACUUACCUGAUUGGCCUAACCUCACAUCUUCAUCUUCAUCUUUAACACCCGACCAGCCACCCACUCCUUCACACCGUACGAAGAGGAAUUCAUCUCAUAAUCGCCCCCCUGUUCCUAAAGCUCGUUGGAAAACAGAUUCCACAAAUGUCAAGACUUCAUCCCAGUCUUCUGCAGCCCCAAUAGAUCUAUCUCUAGCUGAUGACGACACGGGAUUUUCAAACUCUCAGGUUCCUUCUAGAAACGCAUCCGGUCUUUCGGACAGAGAUAGGGAUAGAGGCGCAAGCCAAAGAAAUAGUUCGGAGAAGGAUGGCGGAGUGAAUGGAAAGAUUGGCUGGUCGAAGAAAGCGAUCAGUGUUGGUAGCCCUGAAGACAACGAAGAAGCACUUUAUGAGUACUUUCCUUUAAGCUUGGAUGAUUGGAUGCCACCAGUAGAUGCAAUUUAUAGACCUCAUGUUGUACAUCAUACAGUUGUCCCAGAUGAUUUCAAAGCACAACAAGGGAAGGCCAAGACUAAGAGAUACUUUUCAGCAGAUGAUUGA